GUAAACACUAACGCCAUCUUCAGUUUCUUCCGCUUCAGUCGGGCUGUUAGCUAACUAGCUUGCUGUCUGUUUUUAAAGAACUGGAUUAGCUGGCAGUAAACUGACAACAAAUAAACCAUGGGAAGAAAGAAGAAAAAGCAAAUGAAGCCUUGGUGCUGGUAUUGCAACAGGGAUUUUGAUGAUGAAAAGAUUCUUAUUCAACAUCAGAAGGCCAAACAUUUUAAAUGCCACAUUUGUCAUAAAAAGUUGUACACUGGACCUGGGCUUGCAAUCCACUGCAUGCAGGUACACAAAGAAACCAUUGAUGGAGUUCCCAAUGCAAUACCUGGAAGAACUGAUAUUGAACUGGAAAUAUAUGGCAUGGAGGGUAUUCCAGAGAAAGAUAUGGAAGAGAGAAGAAGAGUGUUAGAACAAAAAAACCAAGAGACUCAGAAGAAAAAGCAGAAUCAGGAUGACUCUGAUGAGUAUGAUGAAGAUGAUGAGGCCGGACCCUCCUUCCAGCAGUCUUCUGCAGGCCAGACCCAGCCAGGCUUUAUCCCCCCUAUGACACAGCCUGGCAUGCCUCCUGGUUCUGGUGCUCCAGGAUUACCCCCAGGGGGCUACUCAGGAAUUCCUCCGAUGAUGCCAGGUGUGCCGCCCAUGAUUCCAGGAAUGCCUCCUGUAAUCCCAGGGAUGCCCCCAGGGAUGAUACCAAUGGGUGGGAUGAUGCCUCCAGGGGCAGGGAUUCCUCCAAUGAUUCCAGGUGUGCCACCAGGUAUGCCCCCUGCAGUGGGCCACCGUCCCGGCAUGGCACACAUGGCUCAGGUGCCUCCUGCUGUAAAUGUGCUGACUAGACCUGCUGUUUCUGCUGCCACUGCCCCUUCAACCCAGCCUGAUGUCACAAAGCCUCUUUUCCCCAGUGCUGGACAGAUGGGCAGUCGGGUUGCAAGUACAAGUGCAGGCUCGUCAAGUGCAGACUCUCAGUCCAACUCCCCUAACGCUCUGUUUCCUAUCACUACACAAAGUCAGCAGACAGUGUUAGGGUCCUCCCACCCUCCCCCCUCUACCUCAUCUGACCCCUCAAAGCCCACGUUCCCAGCUUACACUCAGGCCAGUGCAGCUGUGUCCAGCCCCAACGGUGGCAGCAGCACAGUCUCCAAACCUCCCUCUACCGUGACCAGUAAGCCUGCCACCCUUACCACAUCCAGUGCAACCAGUAAGUUGAUCCACCCUGAUGAGGAUAUCUCACUGGAGGAAUUGCGAGCUCAGUUGCCCAGAUAUCAGUGCAGUAUAGCUCACCAAGGCCAGGCCUCUGCUUCUGGCUCAUCAGUGGGAUCCCUGGGAGGCAUGAUGGGAACUCAGCAACCUGGCAUGAGGCAUCCCAUACCUGGCCAGUAUGGCGGCCCACCCCAUGGGAUGCCAGGCUACAUGCCAGGAGGUCUGCCCUCAUUUGGACAGGCCCCUCCUGUGGUUCCCCCGGGGUACCAAGGAGCCCCCCCACGACCAUCCAUGGGUAUGAGACCCCCAGUCAUGUCUCCUGGAGGCCGCUACUGAAGCCUGCUCUCCUCUCUUCUAUAGGUUUGGACACUCAACCCUUUUCUAAUGUCCUCAGCUUCUAGUAGACAAACCAGUGUUGGUAUUUUAGUACCACGACGUACUGUUUAUUCUACUACAGCUAUGAGGAAGAGACACUGAAUAAACAGCAAAAAAAAAAAGAGCUAUAAAUACAUCACAGAGCGCAUGGGAAAUAUUUACACUGUACCUAACCAAGACUAUGAACUGUUGUUUCCAACCAUCUCUGUUCUGUGGCUUUUUUCCUUCUCAUGUUUCAUUUAGGUGUAUAGAAGUGUAGUAGAUAUGGUUCGUAGUGUUGUGAAGGCGCUGGAGUUACAUGGGCAGUACCCACCCUGUACCAAGGCAAGUUUUAUGUAAAUACAUUUCUGUUCUCAGCUAAACAGUGAGGCCUUCACAGCACGCAGGUGCUGUUGGACUUUGUGUCCCCAACUUUGUUUGGUGAGGGCUUCAACUAACUGUUUAUAUGUUCAUUGUGUUUCAUAGUCAUACUUUAUUCAUCUAAAUAGGAAGGUACCCCCUUAAAGGUAAAUAGAUGGAGUAAAGUGAUUAUUACAUGAAAUGAUAUGUACUGCUGUAACACUGUACUGUAAUAAAAUUUGGCAAAAAUUUAAGACUCUUCUUUGCGGGACGUGAAUGGGGAAAAAGACGUCACAGCAGGUUUGUACUUUUGUGUGUCUUCAAAAUGAACAAUUAAAACAGAUGUGAGCUGAAAUGUGAACGUCUACUUUAAAAUGUUUGUUGAGUUAAAAAGACAGAUAAAUGUUGGAUAUGUUUAAGGUAAUGUUUUCUUUUUACUACUGUAUAAGAGGUGUAUUGUGUUAUCAUACUGAUGCUCUGUACAUGGCACUGGUAGACUGGACUUUGACACACUGAGUGCAUUGUACAGCUGCAUAUCCGGGUUGCUAGUGGCCAUAGUGCUAAAACCCAAAUUUCUCUUCUCCCUGUAGCAAUGCCAUGGGGGACUGGCUGAGGCCCUGUCUCAGUGUAGCCCUGUUUCAGCCUGAGGCAAGUCUCACCAUUUUUUGUCUUCUCAUUCAUUACCAGGGGCCCUCACAGCUUCAACGCUGUUGGAUCUCAAAGUCCCCAAACUUGCAGCAAGUUUGGUGAAGGCCCUUGUUUGUGUUGUUGCAUUUAGGAACCAUUUUCUUCAGGCAUGUUGGCUCAUGUAAAUGAUAUUCUGCUCUUCUAUGCCAUUCAACUUGUUUUUCCAUUGACCGGUGAGAACUUCAGGAAGCUCUGUUUUGAUGUAAUAGCUCUAUACUUAAGUAUUAGAGCUGUUAAUUAAACUUUACUCCCAUUGAAGCUUUGGUUAUUAACCAGUCCACAGUGAUUCAUUGUUCAGAUAUUAAUGGUUUGGUCAAAAGUCAAAUCAGCUGUUUGAUGCCCACAUAAAUACCAUCAGCAGUCUGUCAGCUAUAUAUGUAUACGUUCACUUUUUGCUGGUAAGAGGUAUUUGAGAUUACAAAAUGGUUUUUCCACUUAAUCCUGUUUGUUUCAUUCAGCUUUCCUCACUUGAGCAUUUGCAUUUAACUACUUACAUGAAGGAGAAUCUACCAGUCACAGGUUAGUUAAAACUGUAAGUACCACUGCUAUGAUUUCCUUCAACUUUAUUUUGUGUCCACAAAUAGUGACAUCUUUAUUUCUAACAUGGGGGUAUUUUUGAAAAGAAAUUAAUAAACCCACAACAAUAUUUGUUUUCGGGGCCAAAAUGUCCUCAUACAUUUUGGGCUUGAAUAUUUUGGUUUUAAUUAAUGCCAUCAGCACCUUAACAUAGUGAUUGUAAUUAAUAACUUAUGUGAAAGUCAGCAACCAAGUUCUGCAUGAGUAAAUACAGUCGUCUUCGGUAAGUAUGGGUUCACUUACACCUUGGUCAAAUAUUUUUCCAGCUCAUCUUGAAGAAUGCAUAAUGACUUCAUUGUGUAAAAUGUCAAAUUGACAUUAAAAUGUUAUGGAAGUUACAAAAAAGAAACAGCAAUAGCUUCCAACUCUACUUAAUGACAUUUUCUUUUUAAGAGUUUAAUUGUAUUGGGGUGUCUUGGAUGUGUUGGAGGAUUUAAGUGGUGGGAUGUUAUGUCAGAUUACAUAAAAACAUCGCAGGUCAGUCUUGAAUAUUUUACUCAAAAGACUCGUUAGGGAUUGGUUGGAUUAUUUUACCAGUUUCUGUGUAUUUGCUGUUUUUAUCUGAAUAAAACCUGUUCAUAAACCUUGAAA